AGCAAGCAAGCCGCAUGAAGGAUGAAGCCGGAAACAAAGAGAACAAGACGGCGGAGUGACGAGGAAGGCGGUGGUGCAUCUGCGUUCAAUCUCGGGUCAAUGAAGAAAGCAAUCGAGGCCAUAGAUGUAGGGCGCAAGGAAAAUACAAUAAACCUAUCGUCGUUGUCUGUGGCGUUAUCCGCAGCUAGCCGUGAGAUGAAGAAGCAAACGGUCAAGUCUGAGCGUAAAAGAGUAAGAGAAACCAGAGUGGGGAAGACGAAGAAGAAGGAGAAGAAGCUAGCGAUCGGAACAAAGCCUAAAACCAAGGCAAAGUUACGAAGGUGGCUUUCAAACUUGGAUGAAUCGGUAAAAGUGCUUUCAUCAUCAUCAUCAUCAGUGCAGCAGACGAGACUAUCAUUGCAGCUGCAGCACUGCGAGUUGAACACAGAUUUCACGAUGAAUCACUGCCUCGAAUCCUUUAGAUGAAUAAUUACGUCCUAUCAUACCAUAUACAUUAGUAAGUUAGCGUUUUAUACAUUUUCCGGGAUGGUUUUCUUUCUUUUUUACUCUUUUGCUCUAUCCAUUUCUCAAACAAAUGUUGGAGAUCAACAGAGUUUUUUUUUAAUUUU